AUGUCGCCAUCCCCGGACUCGCGGCCCAUCAGGCGGCUGUUGGUCGCCAACAGAGGUGAAAUUGCCGUUCGCAUUCUGCAUGCUGCGCGGGAGUUACCCGAUCCAGUCGAGACAUUCGCUCUCUACACAUCAGACGACCGGUCUCAUUGUGAUCUGGCGCGGCCGCAUCAUGUAAUUCAAAUCCCAUCGGCAUCGUCCUACCUUGAUAUAUCACUUCUUGUAGAUCUAGCUCGGAAGCACUCUAUUGACGCCGUGCACCCGGGAUAUGGAUUCCUAAGUGAAAGCGCCGAUUUUGCGCACCGCAUGUGGCUCGAAGCUGGGGCUGUCGUGAUAGGCCCUGGGUGGGAGAACCUAGCCCGCACUGGGGACAAGCUCCAGGCAAAAAGGCUAGCGGAGCAAUGUGGUGUCCCAGUAUUAAAGGCCAUGUCCCAACCUACGUCCAAUGUUGAAGAAGCACGAACCUUUGCUAGACAUGUCGGGUUCCCAGUUAUGAUCAAGGCCGUUGACGGAGGAGGCGGCCGAGGAAUUCGGCUCGUACGCGAAGAUGAGGAGCUGGAUCAUAACAUUCAACGUGCAAUUAGCGAGUCGCCGUCCCGGACAGUCUUUGUUGAGAAAGCCGCAGUAGACGGGUUUCAUCACAUUGAGAUUCAAGUCAUUGGCGAUGGCAAAGGCCAAGUCCGACAUUUAUGGGAGCGAGAUUGCAGCGUGCAGCGACGAUUUCAGAAGGUGGUGGAAUGUGCUCCCGCAUUGAUAACGUUACAAGACAGAGCUCUGAUCACACAAGUUAUCGACUCAGCGCUGAGAAUGGCAAGUGAGAUUCGAUAUCGGUCACUUGGGACUUUCGAGUUUCUUGUUAGUGAACUACGGGGAGAGUUCUACUUCCUCGAAGUCAAUCCGCGUCUUCAAGUUGAACACACUAUUACAGAAUCUAUCAGCGGCAUCGAUUUAGUACAGGCACAACUCCUACUGGCUCAGGGGCGCUCGCUAGACGACAUUGGUCUUCCUGAGGUUAGCGCAAGACAACCCCCACCUGCAAACUGUUUCUCUAUCCAGCUCCGCUUGUGCGCCGAGGAUCCGAGCAGUAAUUUUGCCUUGAGCAUCGGCAAGGUGACCGAGUUCACUGUUCCUAGUGGACAUGGUAUCCGGGUAGACACGAAUAUCAAUGUUUCCGGCUCUAAUGCACUGGUUGUUGGUGCUGAUUUUGAUAACCUGCUGGCUAAGAUCAUCGUUACCGCAUCUACCUGGGAAGCAACUGUCAGAAAGGCUCGACGCGUAUUGGCCGACUCAAGGAUAGGCGGUGUCAAGACGAAUAUCAAUCUUUUGCGAGGUAUCGUGGUUCAUGGCGAUUUUUUGGCAGGCAAAACCGACACGCAGUGGCUGGGAUCAAAACUUCAUGAAACGCUUCACCUAGGGGAUAGCAUAUCGAAGAUGCUCCGAGAACAGGAGGGGUUAGUUGGCCCUUCGCAACGGUCGGCUGUGCAGAGUAAUGUGCCAUCUUCCAGCCUAUUGUUCCGAAAAGGCGAUGCAUGGUCUAUUACACUAGAGCCGCUUGAAAAGUCCCAACUCCCGGAAAAGGUCUCACAUCAUUUGCGUCUCUCUCGCGUUUUACGCAAUGAAUUCCCUACUUCUCUUACCGCUGAGAUUGAAUACACAACCCCGGCCUCGCAAACCGCGAUCCCUUACCGGAUGCAGCUCCAUACGACAACUACUGCGGCAUCGGCGCUCGUCUCUUCGUCACACCGCCGGGGAGAUCCAAAGAACCCGAGACAUGUUGUUCUUCCUCUGUCGGGCAAACUUAUCGAGGUUUUGGUAGCUCAGGGAGAGAAAGUUGCCGACAAUCAGGUUCUAGCAUUUGUCAAACAGAUGAAGAUGGAGUUGGAAGUAAGGAGUCCUCGAGCUGGUAAGGUCAAAUGGGUAUAUGAGAUGGAGGAUGACGAGGAAGAUGUCGCUGAAGGCAUGUUACUCGUGGAAUUGGAAAACGAACGAAGCGGGGUGGAAGUGAGAGGAAAAUUGUGA